CGAUCAUAAACCCCGAGAAAAUGGGGCUAAACCCUAAAACUGUAAAGAAACGUCAUGAAACGAGCUCUAUUGGGAGCUGUCUUCAAUGUCUAUUCUCGGACGCUUUCCGUCUCUCCUCCGCUUCGAACCUUUCGCUCUGGUCUCUUACUUUCUCCCUUUUCCUUUUUUUCUUUGCGAUAUUACUCAUCCGGGAAUGACAAGUACAAUGGACUGAACUCAACCAAAAACAAGGAUUCUCUCAUCGAAGAUGAUGUCAGUACCGAAGAGCUGAAGAGGAAAAUUGAUAAAUUUUACGAGGGUGAUGUCGAGUCAUUACCAACAAUUUUUGAGGCAAUUUUGAAAAGGAAGCUAUCGGGUAAACACGAAGAUGAUGAUCAUGAGAUGAUGAAAGAAAUUCGACAACGAAUGCCCGGACAAGUUGAAGAUUCUACAGGUGAAGAAUAUGAUUCAGAUUUAAGUGAGUUGAAUGAAACUGCUGAAGAAAUGGAGGAUUUCAGUGAUUCUAGUGAUUCUGAAGAUGAAGAUAGAAGGGUAUAACUUAUGUUGAUACCGUGGGUUCAAUAGUCCAUGCUUGUUUGUCGUUAGAUUUUACAUUUUUUGGUGAAAAUUUUCAACUUUUAAUAUCUUAUUUAGUUUGAAAAUCUUUCAUUCAUUUUAACUCAUAUCAGAUGAUUAUGGUUGGUCUAUGGGAACUUGAAUCCUUAACUUGGGGAACUUUGUUAAAUGGGAAAUUGGAUGCUAAUAUUUGUCUUUUAAUGCUAA